CCUCUACCCAAGUAAAAGAUACUUUGGACGAAAACCCGGAAAUUGCUGGUAAAGCUUUGGUGCCGAGAACCGCCGACCGGGACGAAAACUAUCUCCUUAACCCGCUCACCGUGAACCGUAAUAAUGUUCGUCAAGCCGAAUGA